GAGGCCUUCCAGAUGGCGAGCUAAAUGACCCCGGCCCGGACGACCCCGCCUCAGCUUUGCAGCGGUCCCGCCGUGUUUCUCCCGGCGGCCCCUGCGCCGACGGCUUUAGAGACUUCCGGAGCGAGAAGCUACCUGACUGAAAGGAAUCUGCCCCACGGAUCAAUCCAGAUGCCUUCUUCCACUUCACCAGAUGAAGAAGUUGGCCUGGAGACCUGUGUUUUAAAGUUUUCUGAUCUGGAUUUAAAAGAAUCGAAUCUUAUUAACCCCAGCAACAGUCUCAAAGCAGAGUUAGAUGCCAAUACAAAGAAGAAGUACUCAUUUGCAAAGAAAAAGGCCUUUGCCCUUUUUGUCAAAACCAAACAAGUUCCAGCACCUUCUCUGGAAUUUAAAGGAAAAUGGUGGAGAUGCUGUCAGCAGCUAUUUGCAGACCAGACCAGCAUCCACAGACAUGUGGCAACACAGCACGCUGAAGAAGUUUGCCAGCAGACCGCUUCUGUUCUGAAGCAGCUAACUGCAGCUCCGAGUGCUUCACAGAGUCUCCCCUCUGCAGACAGGAAGAGCCCGCCGAAAGACUGUCGCCCUCCUAGUCAGGAAGUGUCUGCUUGGCUCCCCGAUGUAAGCCGCAUUAGCCCUGAUGAGCUGAGCAGUGGCCAGGGCGACGAGGAUGGGGAGGUACUCCUGUAUUACUGCUACUGUGACUUGGAGGACCCCCACAGGAUCUGUGCCUGGCAAACAGCUCUGUGCCAGCUCCUGCACCUCACAGGCAAGAUCCGGAUCGCUACCGAAGGAAUCAACGGAACCGUUGGAGGAAGUAAAGUGGCCACCAGACUCUACGUGGAAGCCAUGCUUUCUUGCCCAUUAUUUAAGGAUUACCUGUGUGAGGAAGAUUUUAAGAGCAGCAAAGGAGGCGCUCACUGCUUCCCGGACUUGCGAGUCGGUGUGUUUGAAGAGAUCGUGCCUAUGGGGGUCAGCCCCAGUCAGAUCUCCUACAAGAACCCUGGAAUCCAUUUAUCCCCUGGUGAAUUUCAUAAAGAAAUAGAAAAGCUUUUAUCGCAGGCAAAUCAGGACCGAGGUGACACUAUCCUACUGGACUGCAGAAACUUCUAUGAAAGCAAAAUAGGACGAUUCCAGGGCUGCUUAGCACCAGACAUCAGGAAAUUCAGUUACUUCCCUAGCUACGUUGACAAAAACCUUGACAUUUUCAGGCAGAAGAGGGUGCUGAUGUACUGCACUGGGGGCAUCCGCUGCGAGCGGGGUUCUGCAUACCUCAGAGCCAAGGGGGUGUGUAAGGAAGUGUUUCAGCUCAAGGGUGGCAUCCACAAGUACCUGGAAGAGUUUCCUGAGGGUUUUUACAAAGGGAAGCUGUUUGUCUUUGAUGAGCGGUUUGCCCUGGCCUACAACAGUUCUGUGGUAGCAGAAUGUUCAUACUGUGGAGCCCCGUGGGACCAAUAUAAACUCUGUUCUACUCCCCAAUGCCGCCAGCUCGUUUUGACCUGUUCUGCUUGUCAAGGACAAGGAUUCACAGCCUGUUGUGUCACGUGUCAAGACAAAGGGGGCAGGCAAGCUUCAGGCCCCACCCAGGACAGUUUUAAAGAAGAAUGUGAGUGUACAGCCCGGAGGCCACGCAUCCCACAGGAGCAGCGUGCGUGAGUCCCUGUGAACCUGGAGCCAGGGCCUGAUGCUGGUGAGGCUGAGUGGCAUCUUCAGCGUUCCAUAAGCUUCACAAUACAGGCUUAAGUGGCCCUGUGUGGAUUGUCAAGGGGACUUCCAUGUUGGUCACUGCCACCAUAGCAGAUGGCCACAGGCAGAGGGGACAGGGAGUCCAGUGUUGGCUACCUGGUCUACCCGUUUUGAUUCAGAAGAUGCGAGAGCCUGGAAGGAGGUGAACAUUGUGGAUCCCAAGGACGCUGAGGGGAGGAGCCUUGAGCUUGGCAGCUGCGCCUUGACUCCUCUGCCAUGCGGCUGGGUAGUGGGCGUUGCUCUUGCCGGCAAACCUUUUUACCCCGGGCUGGACUCUUAAACCAGGUCAGCUGCCACCUUCCCCUGCCUCAGCCUCUUCCCCAGCUGCCCGAAGAGAUCUGUAAUCUGUGGUAUUGACCACUUUCUGCUUUGAAGACUUGACUGAAUCCGGCCAUUCCUUUACAUGAGAUCAUGGCACUACUGAGUAGUUGGCCAGAGACCAUGUAGCCUUCAGAGUCUAAAGGAUUCACUCUGUCCUUUCACAGAAAAUGCCAGCCCCCAGGCCAGACCCACAGCUCAUCUGAGAGAGGUGGCCUCCAAGUGGCCUACAUUUUUAUUGAUUUGGUUUCUUUGAAAGAUGUCCACCUAACAGCCCUGCAUUACCCAGCACCCCCUCUCUUUCCUUCGAAGUGUUCCUUCUAGGGAUCCAGAUGAGCAGCAGGUUUAGGACACCUGGGACACAAGACACUUUCUUAGUGAGGUCAUCCAGCAUAGCCGCUCUCUAGCCUUCUGACCUUUGGCACAUGUCCCUAUCCCACGAGUCAUAAGAAGCACACACAGCCACACGUAGACCAAUGGCUUUAAUAUUAUGUUGCAGUUUCCAGUGAUGCAGAAUGCAGCUGCAGUUGUGUUUCAAGGAGAAGCUGAGUGGGGCUGGCCAUCCCUGCAGCUUGGUGCCACUCCUGGGCCCAUGUGCAGCCUCACUAGACGCUGUCAGAGUGGUGAGGCCCCGGCGCCACCUCUAGUUACCCUGUGCUGUCCACAGCGUUGCGGUUCAGUGUGCAGGACUUUCCCUUGUGAGAAGCCCCCCGGGGCGUGCCCAACAGCUGUUGAGCCUUGUCAUUGUUAUAGUAUCGGCUGAAUUCCUAAGGAAAUAAUCCCCCAAAGCAACAACAAAACACUAGCUUAACUGGCACUGUGGUCUAUUAGAAGGCACAAGAACAACGUUUUAACAUUUUUACUGACUCCCGUGGUGUUAAAAAAGGGACCCAGUAGGAACACCCAACUUAGGUUUCAGAGUAAUCACUUGUGUCGCUUGGCCAGAAUUUCCUAAUUCCGUGCCGUUUGGACAUUGUGCACUGCUGUCCUUCAAAGGCUUCAUUUGUAGACAAGAGCUCUGUGUGAUUUGAUGUGUCUCAUAAGUGACCAGGCAGGCACUUGGUGUCUGUAAGCAGGGCCAUGCUAAAUACCACAGCCACAGUGGACUGGAAAUUCACCCAGUGGUGUUGGCCUCACAUAAGCCAUUUGCCCACUGAGGUAUCUGGAGAGGUUUUCAUCCAUCAUGAAGUUGGCAUUCAAUAAAGAAAAAAUGAUUUCUGUCUGCAGUGAGUACAUCCCAGGUGUUCACACAGAGCACUCAGGAAUAUGUCUGUUGCCUGGGGUGGUAGAUUUUAAAACUUGAAAUUUCACCGUUGCCUUUUUCUUCCCCCUUCUCUUACCUGGCAGAAGGAAUCCUGUGUCUUUCUGACUCUUAAAAGAUUCUGCAGCUUGUUUUUCAUUCUUGGGGGGAGGGAGUUUGAUUCUGGAAUCAGUUUGGCAGCUUUGAUCUGAGGCUAAGGUUUCAGGUGGGGUGGAAAAGUCAUGAUUAGCUGUUCUUCUGACUGAGCUGCUGUGAUCAAACCUGUAAUAAAGCGUUUUACAGCCCUUCCAAA